UGAUGUCCUCUCUGGUGCACUCAGCCAACCCCUGCUGUUGUAAUGUAAAGCUGGUAGUAUCCUGGUGUACCGCUGUAAAGAAUCCGCUGAAAGGACCCGCUUUGAAUACAUCGGUGCCUCCAACUUAAUUAUUUCCUGCAUCGGAGAGAUUCCGCACCCACAUUACGCAUGGAAUGGUUUUGGGGGGAUUGGAGUAGAAAUGCAGCGCCGCACUUCCAGCCCACAACAAGAACCAUGCCCAGCUUACAUUGCAAGCAAAUCUAUGACAUCCUGUUUUAUCCGUUAUGACUUUGAUAUGAGUGAAUUUUGCUCGGAUACCGACGAGGAGUGAAGAAGACACACACAGCAGACAAGCUUAAGGACGCUGUUUACGCUGCAGACGCCUGUGUACCGAAAACCUCUGCAUUUAGGAUUUUUUUUUUUCUUUGAUGGAGCUGGAGAACAUAGUAGCCAACACUGUACUGCUAAAAGCGAGAGAGGGUGGAGGAGGAAAGCGGAAAGGGAGGAGUAAAAAAUGGAAGGAGAUCCUUCGCUUCCCCCAUAUAAGCCAGUGCACUGAGCUCGGAAACAGCAUCGAGAGGGACUAUGUCUGCAUCUGUGAGAAACAGCCCAUUGGACGGCUUCUCUUCCGUCUUUACUGUGAGACCAGACCCAAACUGCAACGAUGCAUCCAGCUACUGGACGCAAUGGAAGACUAUGAGGUGACACCUGAUGAAAAAAGAAAAAGCAGAGGAGACCAGAUCAUCAAGACUUUUCUCUCAAAACAAUCACCUCAGCGUGUAGACAUAGCAGAGGUUUUUGCAGACCAGUGCAGAGAGAACCUCGAGCUCAGUCCAUGUAAGGAGAUCUUCAGCAACUGCCGCAAGGCCGUUCAUGACUACCUGAGUGGAGCUCCGUUCGAGGACUACCAGAACUCCAUGUACUUUGACCGGUUCCUGCAGUGGAAGAUGCUGGAGAGGCAACCAAUCACUAAAGACACGUUCAGGCAGUACCGAGUGCUGGGGAAGGGGGGAUUUGGAGAGGUGUGUGCCUGCCAGGUCAGAGCAACGGGGAAGAUGUACGCCUGCAAGAAGCUGGAGAAGAAGAGGAUAAAGAAGAGGAAAGGAGAGUCGAUGGCACUCAACGAGAAGCAGAUUUUAGAGAAAGUCAACAGUAGAUUUGUUGUGAGCUUAGCGUACGCAUAUGAGACCAAAGACGCUCUGUGUCUGGUGCUGACCAUCAUGAACGGUGGAGACCUGAAGUUUCACAUCUACAACAUGGGCACGCCGGGCUUUGAUAAAGACAGGGUCCAGUUUUACGCUGCUCAAAUCUGCUGUGGGCUCGAGCAUCUCCACAGGGAAUGUAUCGUCUACAGGGAUCUGAAACCAGAGAAUAUCCUGUUAGAUGACAAUGGACACAUCCGUAUUUCUGACCUGGGGCUGGCCAUCAAAGUGCCUGAAGGAGAGCACAUCAGAGGCAGGGUGGGAACUGUGGGUUACAUGGCUCCGGAGGUGAUAAACAAUGAAAAGUACGGCAUGAGUCCUGAUUGGUGGGGGCUGGGCUGUCUUGUUUAUGAGAUGACCGCCGGACGAUCGCCUUUCCGCGCCCGCAAAGAGCGGGUGAAACGGGAGGAGGUGGAGAGGAGGGUGCAGGAGGAAGAGGAGGAGUACAACGACAAGUUUACAGAGGACACUAAGGCCAUCUGUAGAAUGCUGCUGACCAAAGACCCUAAGCAGAGGCUGGGGUGCCAGGCGGACGGAGCAGCGGGUGUCAAGGCCCACUCGUUCUUCAAAAACAUCAACUUCAAGAGGCUGGAGGCUGGGAUAGUGGAGCCUCCCUUUGUGCCUGAUCCUCGAGCAGUGUACUGUAAGGAUGUGUUGGACAUAGAGCAGUUCUCCACAGUCAAGGGAGUAAAUUUGGACCAAACUGACAAUGACUUCUACUCCAAAUUUGCUACAGGCAGCGUUUCCAUCCCAUGGCAGAAUGAGAUGAUAGAAACUGAAUGUUUCAGAGAUUUGAAUGUGUUUGGGCCUCAAGGGACCAGACCUCCAGAUCUGGACUGGAAUCAGCCACCAGAGCCGCCCAGACGCAGCCUGCUGGACAGGAUCUUCAGGAGGCAUCACCAAGACGUGUCUAUUUCCCACAGCCGUGUGCAGUCUUCCAGUGUAAACUCUGUGGACUCCAUGUCCAACUCUGCCCCCUAGUGGCGCAUCGACAGUGUGGGAGCCACACACACAGACACACAAAGGGAAGGAGCUCUGAGGGGCUUCCCCGCUGCUGAUUGGCCCACAGGCGGGGGCCUGAGCAGCAGCCGGAGACAGCCUGUCUAAAAGCCUAAAUGGUCAGCCCAUGGGGGGUGGGUGGGUGGGUGGGGGGGGGUGACCAGGCCCUGAGACCCUGGGCAUUUGUAGUGGGAUGGUCAAUGUUGCGGAGGCGUUUGGAAAUAUUCGGACAAACCUAACUCACCCUCAGGAUUGUUGGACUAUAGAACAGAGCCACUGAUGUUGAUGAAAACAGAAAAAAAUAGAAAACAAGCUAAUAUUCAGGGGAUCCACUGUAUAAUAAAGACCACCACAGGGAAUAGAAGAUGGGGUCUUAGUGAAUUUUCUUUUUUUUGUUUUUCCAGAAACUGAAUUUCUUUUUCACUCGCUUUAGGUCCUUUACUUUCUGGCCUGUUAUCUUGCACCAGUAUCUCUUCAUCUAAUUACAGCCCUCCGAGCGUCACCAUCUGUACAACUCAUACUCACUAACUUAUUCUUUCUCUGUAUUUCCACCUCCCAUACCUCAGAUCACUCCUUAAACAUUCAGAACACAUCACCUCAACAACCUCAACACAUAAUGUACAUUGCCUUGCGUACACUCAGGCCAAAGAUUACAGUUUAGUUUUGUGAUACUGUUGUCAUGUCGAUUUCCUGGUUUUUGAAGGUUUUUAGCCGUCGUUUAGAACCACAGGAGGAUCAGAAUGUGUGAUCCGUUUUCUACACUUUCUCUAAAUAUGAGCCUGCAGACAUAUCAUAUUGCUUAAAGCACACAUACAGUACAUACAUACGCAGUCAGAUAGACGCACACACACACACGCACACACACACAUACACGCACACACGCACACACAGACUGAAUUGUGAGAAUCGUGUUGUGUUUUCAUUGCAUGGACAAGUGUAAGUAUGGACAGCUGUAUCCCUUUCGCUUUUGCAUACCUCAUUCCACUGAUGUUAGCAUCGUAUACACACAGACGUCUCCCUUGGUUUACAGUGUCACUUUAUAUUUGACAUUAUGUGGAGUUUGAAAAACGAAUUAAUAUGCUGUACAGAAACAAAAAUAUCUGCUUUUUUUUCUUUUUUUUUUUUUUGCUCAAUUUUCUGCACAGUCCCCGUUGAGUGGAGAGCAACACAUGCACUCAGCCUGACUUACAAUUUGCACAAUUUAAAACAAUGUCAUGCUGUUUUGUCACCAAAUGAAAAAUGUUUUUACCUCUGAUCAUUAAGGCACAUUAUUGUAUUGAUAUUCUUCACACAGGCCGGUUAUUUUCAACAUCCGAAACUAAAGUGUUCUUGCUCUCCCUUUGCCUUUUUUUUCCAUUUAAAAGUUAUUGCUGCAUAGCCGCUGUUGUCACGUGUACAGGUUUUUUAUAUUUUUGCCCCCUUACACUUGAUCUUAACGUACUCUUCAAAAUGCCUCACAAAUCUAAAGGGUCUUCCUCUUGUGUUGUGUUCAACCAUAUUCAAAGAUACAGGGUAUCAACGGCUGCGUGGAACGUUUUAUCCUAUCUGAAUUGUAUUUAAUCGGUCCAGUUCAUUCAUGUCAGAGCAGAUGAGGAGGGGAGGAAGACACCAGAGGAUCCUGCAAACACCACCGCAAAGAAGUGGCCUUCUCGCAGCAGCACAGCCAUUUGAAAGGGAGGAAGAGCGCGGCCUCUUCUGCUUGUUUUAAGAAUGUGGUAUUUUCUGUAUUUGAGAUAGUGAAAGAUGGUCCAGUAAUUUUAAUCAUCCUUACAAUCUCAUGCAAGCCUGUUUUUUUUUUUUUUUUUUUUCUGUGUACUUGAUAUGGGAAAAAAAAAAAAAAAUCUGAAUCAGACUGAAGUGCCUCCUUGUUAGCAUGAUCUCCCAGACAAUGCCCACACAGACAUCAGCACUUUGUUUAUUCUCUGACUGUCAUGCUCUGUUUGUUUCACCGGGGAACGCGUCAACACAAACACACACAGACUCACACAGUUUGCUGGAAGUGAGGGGAAGGAGGGGUGGAGAAGGGUGCAGGGAGGAGGGAUGGGAUGAAUGAGGGAGUUUUCUUUCUUAUUGUGAUGUACAGCAAAGUGCUGAGUGCAUGUGAAAGCCAAACCCACUGUGUCCUUCUAGUCCUAAUAAACUCUGUGCUAUAGUUUGAGUA